UUCAUUUGCACUUGUCCCUCUUUGCCUUGCCGCGUGCAUUUGCGUGAUGGACUAUGAUGCGCUCCUCCUGGACAACAAUCGGCGGUCCAUGUUCCCCGGCUGCGAGCCGCGCUUGCUUAGCGUCUCUUCUGACCACACCAUGCGCAUGUGGAACAUCAAAACAGGAGAGGAACAACGGGUCUUCUGGCGCCACAAGGCAGCAGUACUCUGCCUUUCAGUGGAUUUCAACUCAGGCAUGGCCGUCACCGGUUCUGGUGAUCAAACUCUAGCCUUGUGGGACAUCGAAACGGCCAAGCAGCCCUUGAAGAGCAUCUUUCGAGGUCAUAAAGACUGGGUCACCUCUCUGGACGUGGAUUGGGAGGGCAGGAUUUUGAUCCAUAAGAUGGAGAAUAUUCGUGCAGUUUCCGCAAUUCUGCCGAGUGCGGCCCAGUUCUUGGCAGAGUCUUCCGUUCCAUUGGAACAGCAAGAGAUUCUAGAAAAGUUGAAGGAACUUCACCUUGGAGGAGAUCAUGAACACAUCAUGCCCAGUGAUCAGAGGAUCGCCAGUCUCCAGCAAGAGUUAUCCACGAUCUAUGCAGCUUUGCCUAAGAACUCCAGAGGUGCUUUGCGAAUGAGCACCGCCCGAUACCUUCUUCAUCGGUUGUUCGUCCAACGCCAUGGCUGGCACUUUAAGGGCCUGGCUCCAGAAGGGGAUACCUGGGAUAGUAUCUCUCCAAGUCACGUCUUGGACGACCGGGCGCCGAAAGACCGAAUUGUGUCGGAUUCAUCUGACAGUGAAUGA